GUACCUCAAAGCAUGCUCGAAGCCAUCUUCUACGCCCGUUUCCACCCCGAACGCGGUCCCUCCGUAAUCCACCAGUAUCCCGCCGGCUCGAUCAUAUCCCCUCCUGGUUCUCCUUGCCGUCCACUCAUCAACUGGGCCGAUAUAUCCUCCUACAUCAUCCCGCCCUACGACCUCUGCAACCAAUCUCUCUCCAUCUGCACCGCCGGCCACCGCGUCCUCGCUUUCCCAAUCUCCCUCGAAGAUGCCGAGUACGACCGAAAUCGCUUCACGUUCAACAUCUGCUUCGUGCUACCCGAAGAGGAAGACGCACAUCCGUGGGAAUCCAUCGUGAGGAAGACGGCGAGAUUUCUUAUGGCGAUCGAGACGGAGGACUGCGUGUUGCAGAUUGAGGAGGAUUUGAAAGGACUCAAAUUGGCGGGCGAGGCAGGCUAUCCUGCCGAUGUGGGGAGUAUCUAUACCUUGCUGGAGAGGAUAUUGGAGGAUCUGAACGCGUAUGGUGAGACGUGUAUACAGGUCAACAGUUCGCAGACGCUGAAUCUGAGAUUGGAGUUCCAGAGGUCGGCGCCGCCGAAAGUGAAUACUUGGGACGUUCCGCUGUUGAUCAGGUCUCUGCCGAGUCGGGAGGAGUGGACGUGGGACCUUACGCUACAGCGGAUACACAUGUAUAUUGACGGUAUACGGCAUGUGCAGAAGAUCGCCGAGCUGGCAGAUGUGGAAGUCAAGCUGGUCAAGCGGGCGGUCAAAGAGCUGGUCUUGCAUGGUAGAGCCAUGGUGCUAGACAUCUUUCAUUUCCAGGCGAUAUACACCUGCACGCGCGACCUGAGCGCUUUCGUUCAAGAUCUGGAUCUACAGGACGAAUGUCGACGAUAUGUCACGAUCCCACAGGAGCCAGAGGUAGUAGAAACCAACGAUCGACAUAGCAUCAGCGACGUGAGCAUUCCCGGCCCAACACGCGAAAGUCUGGUCGAGCUCUACAGCUCCCUCCACCGCGGCAUUCAACUGGCCGACUUCUGCCUCACACACCAAGACGAACUCGCCCACAUUGACAUCCGCCGCUUCAUCACCUUCGGCGUAAUCAAGGGCUUCGUCCAACGUCUCCACAAAUACGCGCUCGCCCUCGAGCCCCUCCCUGGAUCGACUCCUGCCCCAGCCUCG